AUGCGGAACUGUUUGUGGAAAGCAGUUUGUUCCUUCCGGCCCAUUUCACGUACGGACUGUCAACAACAAAGAUGGCGGCUGUGCGCUCCUAAACCGAAGCGAAGUCUGAGAAAAUCAUCGCAGUUUUCACACAGUUCUCUUCAUCGUCCUCUUCCUGCUGCGGUGAUGGUCAUCAAAGUCUUCUUCCCUCAGUGCUGUAACCGUGCCGACAGCGGUCUCUUGGUGGGACGAUGGAUCCCGGGUCACGACUCUGCUCUGGUCCUGGCCGUGAUCCACUACCCCUUCAUCCCCAGUGCAGUCAAGCAGUACAUACAGCAGAUGCAGAGCCUCAGUGGGGUGGACCUGUCAGUCCUUGGAUCCUGGACUUUACCCACAGAUGGUGAGGGCGACAUGCAGAGCUUCCUCCAGGACCUGAGCUCCAUCUUCCCCCAGAGACGCUGGCUCCAGAUCCGCCGCGAGGACGGGAAGACGGGCUUCAGCUGCAGCGUCGUCAACACUCACAACAAGAACAGUGUAUUCCAGUCAGAAGUGGAGGAGGAGUCUGAUCAGAAGGUCAUGUUCCUUCACUACGACCAGCGCAAAGUGAUGCAGUCGCAGCUUCACGGAGACCAGAGCAGAAAGACCGAGACCCAGGCCCCGCCCUCUGAGCUCACACAGAUCUUUGCGUCUGUGUCUCAGAGUCAGCCUCUGUUCUUCCUGGAUAAAUACGACGAUGGUCCUGUGAGGAGCACGCACUGGCAGAGUGAGGGGAGAGAGGGGAGUAUCGUGGUGGAGCUGGGGAAGCAGGCCGCGCUCCCUCUGUGUGUUCUGAUCUCUGCUCUACUGCAGCUGUGGAGCCGCUUCUGCAGGCUCAGGAUUUUCAAAGUUUUCCCGCUGCCGUUCGUCUGCUCCAAACUGUCCACAUGCGUCCAGCUCAGUCACAGGACUCAGCAGAUGAAGACCUUGUGGUCCAGGAACACAGCACCGGACCAUAAGAGCUUUAUGAGGAAAGCUAACAUCUUUGUGUCUCUGCUGCUGGAUGUGUGUCUGGGUUUUGUGCUGAUGUCGUGGCUCUACACCGACCACAACAUUACGACCAUCGCAGACGCUCUGGUGCCUGCGGCUGAUCUGGUGGCUAAAGAGCUGACAGAGCUGCUGCAGUGGCUGAUGGGAGCUCCAGCUGGUCUGAAGAUGAACCGAGCUCUAGACCAGGUCCUGGGCCGGUUCUUCCUGUACCACAUCCACCUGUGGAUUAGCUACAUCCACCUGAUGUCUCCGUUUGUGGAGAGCCUCUUGUGGUACGGAGGCCUUACUGCGGCGCUGGGUCUGAGUGUGGUGCUGUCUCUGCUGUCGGACAUGAUCGCUCUGCUCACAUUCCACAUCUACUGCUUCUACGUCUAUGGUGCCCGUCUGUACUGUAUGAAGGUCUACGGUUUGUCGUCGCUGUGGAGACUGUUCAGGGGAAAGAAGUGGAACGUCCUGAGGCAGAGAGUCGACUCCUGCUCCUACGACCUGGACCAGCUGUUCAUCGGGACUCUGCUGUUCACCGUCCUCCUGUUUCUGCUGCCGACAACCGCACUGUACUACCUCGUCUUUACUCUGCUGCGGCUGGUGGUGGUCCUGGUCCAGGGUCUGAUCCACGUCUCUGUCGACCUCAUCAACUCCUGCCCCCUGUUCGCCCUGGGACUGAGGCUUUGCAGACCCUACAGACUGGCAGUUAGGUCCUGCUUCAACAUGAGCUUCAAAACAAAACCUGUCCUCUCCCUGGGUGCUGACGUCCUCCCAGAGUACAAACUCCAGGCUCCGAGGAUCCACCGCUGGACCGUGCUUCACUACAGUCCGUUUAAGGCGGUCUGGGACUGGAUCAUCCUCCUGCUGGUCAUCUACACCGCUGUCUUCACCCCAUACUCUGCUGCGUUUCUACUCAACGAGGCGGAGGAGCAGCGGCGGCGUCUCUGUGGCUACACCUGUAACCCUCUGAACGUGGUGGACCUGGUGGUGGACGUCAUGUUCAUCGUAGACAUCGCCAUCAACUUCAGGACGACGUACGUGAACAGCAACGACGAGGUGGUGAGCGCCCCCUGGAGGAUCGCCACGCACUACUUCAAAGGGUGGUUCCUCAUCGACAUAGUGGCCGCCAUACCCUUCGACAUGCUCAUCUCCCAGUCCGGCUCCGAGGAGCCUCAGACCACCACUCUGAUCGGGCUGCUGAAGACCGCUCGUCUGCUGCGUCUGGUGCGUGUGGCGAGGAAACUGGACCGAUACUCAGAGUACGGCGCCGCGGUGCUUCUGCUGCUCAUGUGCACCUUCGCCCUCAUCGCACACUGGCUCGCCUGCAUCUGGUACGCCAUCGGGAACGUGGAGCGCACCAGCUCAGCCCGGGUGGGGGGCAUGAGGAUCGGCUGGCUGGACAACCUGGCGGAGCAGAUCGGGAAACAGUACAACGACAGCGACCCCUUCUCUGGUCCCAGCAGCAAAGACAAGUACGUGACGGCGCUGUACUUCACCUUCAGCAGCUUGACCAGCGUCGGCUUCGGGAACGUGUCUCCAAACACCAACCCCGAGAAGAUCUUCUCCAUCUGCGUCAUGCUCAUCGGCUCCCUCAUGUAUGCCAGUAUCUUUGGUAACGUGUCUGCGAUCAUCCAGCGCCUGUAUUCUGGCACGGCUCGGUAUCACACACAGAUGCUGAGGGUGAAGGAGUUCAUCAGGUUCCAUCAGAUCCCAGGGCAGCUGCGGCAGCGGCUCGAGGAGUACUUCCAACACGCCUGGUCCUACACCAACGGCAUCGACAUGAACGCGGUGCUAAAGGGCUUCCCAGAGUGCCUCCAGGCCGACAUCUGCUUGCACCUGAAUCGCUCUCUGCUGCAGAACUGUGCUGCGUUCCGAGGAGCGAACAAAGGCUGUCUGCGCGCCCUGGCCCUGCGCUUCAGGAGCACACACGCGCCCCCUGGUGACACGCUGGUGCACUGCGGCGACAUCCUCACCGCCCUCUACUUCAUCUCCAGGGGAUCCAUCGAGAUCCUGAGAGACGACACCGUGGUGGCUAUUCUGGGUAAGAACGACAUCUUCGGCGAGGCCAUCAGUCUGUUCGGGCGUCCAGGGAAGUCCAGCGCCGACGUGAGAGCGCUGACCUACUGCGACCUUCACAAGAUCCAGCGCGAGGACCUUCUGGAGGUUCUGGACAUGUACCCGGACUUCUGCCUCAGCUUCUGGACCCAGCUGGAGAUCACCUUCAACCUGCGAGACGCAGAGGGAGUGGACCUGGCCUCCUGUCCUCCCUCAGAGUCCAGCUUCUCACGACACAAACAUCGACACCGCAGGAGCUCUCUACGCCGACGGAACCGCCCAGAUGGAAUGGACCGAGAGGAGACCAGCCCGGACCACCCCCCUCCUCCCCCCUCCCUCUCUCAUCCUCUCUCCCCCUCCUCUCACUGGGACGGCCUCUGCAGCAGUGGGAGUCUGUGCUCUCAGUCCAGUGAUGAGAAGUCUGUGGGUCACAGGGACUGCUCCCUGCUGGUCACCCACUCUCCAGCACGACCCUGUGACCUCCAGGGGGCGCCACUCACAGCUCCGCCCCUUGCCGUCCCUGGUGUCUAUGAUUACUGGCCGGAGCGCAGACCGUCCCAGUUCUCGGAGUAUCCGCGACAUCUGGUCCAGAGAGGUCUGUACCAGGAACGUACCAGUGAGCUGAAGUACCAGGACCGACCCAGUGAGCUGGAGUCCAGACUGGAGCUGUUGCAGACUCAGCUCAACAGGUUGGAGAGUCGGAUGACAGCGGACAUCACAGUGAUCCUCCAGCUGCUGCAGAGACAGAUGGUGCCUCCAGCCUACAGUGCUGUGACCCCACCCCCUUGUGAUGUGACCCCGCCCCCUUGUGUUGUAACUCCGCCCCCUCGGACACCACGCAGGCUGCAGACCACACCGGCCAUUUCAGCUGCUCAGACUCAGGACUCAGAGCACAGAUCCAGUGUGUGUCCUACCCACCAGGUCUACAAUCCGGCGUGCACUGAGACCCCUCCCCCUGUUGCUGAGGAACCUCCCCUUGAAACUGACGCCCCUCCCCCCGGUGCUGAGGCCCCUCCUCUUUCCACAGAGCUGCUCCUGAUGUCACCAGGCCACACCCCUCAGUGGUGUCACUGGCCACGCCCUCCCCUGGAGGGACACACCCAUGCCUUAAGCCCCGCCCACUUCACUUUCUCCCUCUACACCCGAGUCCCAGACCUUAGUCCAGGUCCAAUCUGA